CUAGAAACAGCAAGUAGCCUGCUCAACCCUGCCUGAACUUUCCAGUAAACACAGCGCACUGACAGACGGCAUCCCUGCUGGGUGGAUCCUGCAACUCCGGGAGGCAAUGGCACUUCUUGUUUUUAAUUAGCAAGGUGAAAGGUGAAUUAAAACUAGCAGUUUGGCAAGUCAGAGCAAGAGGCUGACUUCUGAGGCUUCACCGAGCCAGAGGAGAAGAGCUCCCGGAGAAGGCAGUGCGUGUGCUCGGGUUUUUCUUUCUUUCUUUCUUUCUUCUUCUUCUUCUUCUUUUUUUUUUUUUUCUGAAUGAACCGCUCGCCUAAGUGGCUGAAAAAUACAGCUUCUCCUGAAUCUACCGGCUUCGCUGCUGAAGAGCGCUCUAGGCAGGGCAUGGCUGGGAAGACGCACUCUUUGGAAUGUCCUCUUGUUCCCGGCUUAUAAACAACUGUCCUGAGGAAAGAGAGGCUCUACAUACCCAAAUACAGCCUGACAAAUGGCACUUUGGAACUGUGCUUUCUGAUGACAACGCAUUCGAUUUCUGACAAAGCCUCCAGCACGCUGUCCCUGGGGGGCAGUCCUAAGUGAGCUCAGACCCUCCUGAAAGUGGGGAGCGCAGAGGGCUCGCCGAGCGCGCAGCAUGGCAUCCGCGGGGCGCCUGGCCACCUGGCUCCUGUGGGGUUACUUCCUGGAGCUCUGGACGGGAGGUCGCACAGCUGACACCCCCCACCCCCGGCUACGCCUGUCGCAUAAAGAGCUCUUGGAGCUGAACAGAACAUCAAUAUUUCAUAGCCCUUUUGGAUUUCUUGAUCUCCAUGCAAUGCUGCUGGAUGAAUAUCAAGAGCGACUCUUUGUGGGAGGCAGGGACCUUGUGUAUUCCCUCAGCUUGGAGAGAAUCAGUGAUGGCUAUAAAGAGAUACUCUGGCCUAGCACAGCUCUCAAAGUAGAAGAAUGCAUAAUGAAAGGAAAAGACGCAAGUGAAUGUGCGAAUUAUGUUCGGGUUUUGCAUCACUAUAACAGGACACACCUUUUGACCUGUGGUACUGGAGCUUUUGACCCCAUUUGCACCUUUAUCAGAGUUGGAUAUCAUUUGGAGGAUCCUCUGUUUCACCUGGACUCACACAGAUCUGAGAGAGGAAGGGGCAGAUGUCCUUUUGACCCCAGCUCCUCCUUCAGCUCCAGUUUAAUUGGUAGUGAAUUAUUUGCUGGGCUCUACAGUGACUACUGGGGCAGAGACGCUGCCAUCUUCCGGAGCCUGGGCCGACUGGCCCACAUUCGCACUGAGCACGAUGAUGAACGCCUGUUGAAAGAGCCAAAAUUUAUAGGUUCAUACAUGAUUCCUGAUAAUGAAGACCGAGAUGACAACAAGGUGUAUUUCUUUUUUACUGAGAAGGCCCUGGAAGCAGAAAGCAGUGCCCACACAGUUUACACCAGAGUGGGGCGACUUUGUGUGAAUGAUGUGGGAGGGCAGAGAAUACUUGUGAACAAGUGGAGCACUUUCCUGAAAGCCAGGCUGGUUUGCUCUGUCCCAGGAAUGAAUGGAAUCGAUACGUAUUUUGACGAAUUAGAGGAUGUCUUUUUGCUACACACCAGAGAUCAUAAGAACCCAGUGAUAUUUGGACUCUUUAACAUGACCAGUAAUAUAUUUCGAGGGCAUGCUAUAUGCGUCUAUCACAUGUCUAGCAUCCGGGCAGCCUUUAAUGGACCAUAUGCUCAUAAGGAAGGACCUGAAUAUCACUGGUCAGUCUAUGAAGGAAAAGUCCCUUAUCCAAGGCCUGGCUCUUGUGCCAGUAAAGUAAACGGGGGGAGAUAUGGAACCACCAAGGACUAUCCCGAUGAUGCCAUCCGAUUUGCAAGAAGCCAUCCCCUGAUGUACCAGUCCAUAAAACCUGCCCAUAAGAAACCAAUAUUGGUAAAGACAGAUGGAAAAUAUAACCUGAAACAAAUAGCAGUGGAUCGAGUGGAAGCUGAAGACGGCCAGUAUGAUGUCUUAUUUAUCGGCACAGAUAAUGGAAUUGUGCUGAAGGUAAUCACAAUUUACAAUCAAGAAACAGAAUCAAUGGAAGAAGUAAUUCUAGAAGAACUUCAGAUAUUCAAGGAUCCAGUUCCUAUUAUUUCUAUGGAGAUUUCUUCAAAGAGACAACAGCUGUACGUUGGAUCUGCUUCGGCCGUGGCUCAAGUCAGAUUCCAUCACUGUGACAUGUAUGGCAGUGCUUGUGCUGACUGCUGCCUGGCUCGAGACCCUUACUGCGCCUGGGAUGGCAUAUCCUGCUCCCGGUAUUACCCCACAGGCACACACGCAAAAAGGCGUUUUCGCAGACAAGAUGUUCGGCAUGGGAAUGCUGCUCAGCAGUGUUUGGGACAACAAUUUACUGGGAAUGCUUUGGAUAAGACUGAAGAGCGGCUGGCUUAUGGCAUAGAGAGCAACAGCACUUUGCUGGAAUGCACCCCACGAUCUUUACAAGCAAAAGUCAUCUGGUUUGUACAGAAAGGUCGUGAAACAAGAAAAGAGGAGGUGAAGACGGAUGACAGAGUGGUGAAGAUGGAUCUUGGUUUACUCUUUCUAAGGGUGCGCCGGUCAGAUGCUGGCACGUAUUUCUGCCAGACAGUAGAGCACAGUUUUGUCCAUACUGUCCGUAAAAUCACCCUGGAGGUAGUGGAAGAGGAGCGAGUUGAGGAAAUGUUUAACAAAGACUAUGAGGAGGACGGGCCUCACAAAAUGCCUUGUCCUGCCCACAGCAGCAUCCCCCAGGGAGCGAAACCAUGGUACAAGGAAUUCCUGCAGCUGAUUGGUUACAGCAACUUCCAGCGAGUGGAAGAAUACUGUGAAAAAGUAUGGUGCACAGAUAAAAGGAGGAAAAAGCUGAAAAUGUCACCCUCCAAGUGGAAGUACGCCGACCCACGGGAAAAGAGGCUCCGCUCCAAAUCUGAGCACUAUCGCCUGCCCAGGCACACGCUGGACUCCUGACGGGCUGAAACCAUCUACUGUCUUUUGAAGAAUUUAUAUUUGGAAACAAAAAGGAAAUAAGAAACCAUUCAACUUCAUAUUACUUACCGGGAAUUUCUGUAAUACAGAAGUGACUAUAAAAGUUAUAAUAAAUUAUUCUAUAUACGCAUUAGACCAGUCAGAUAAAUCUCCCAUGAAAUUAACUACUUUGUAAAAUAGGCACAUUGCUUAAUGUUUUUGCAUUAUAUUUAUGAAAAAGGGACCAUAGCUGUAGUUUUCAGUAACUUGGAUGCUUUUCCAUAGUAAUUAUUUUACCCUGGUGAGAUUUAAGAUUAGGAUAUUGAAGAAAAAUUAGAAUUUCAUAAUCAUAAAAUAUAAAAAUAUAUCUUUCUGAAUUUUUCUUUUCCACAAUGUAAGAUAUACAGAAUCUUGGAUACUUCAACAUCCUCGUGUGAACUCUCUGUACUCUUUCAGAAUUAUUGUAUUAGUGUUGUCUAAGCCAGGAGUGUUAGGGAGCAGGUGUGUUGUGAUUGCCAUAACCCAUGAAGGAAAAAAUGUCACUGAGGCUUGUGCUUUCAUAAGACACUAAUAAUAAUAGUGUUUCAUAACCAAACACAUCCUUUAAAACUUCACUCCAGUGUGGAAAGAGUGAAGCCAAGGUAACUUCUCAGAAAGAUACCCAAGUAUGUUGAAUCUAACCGAGUUACAGUUAGAAUUCCAAUUACUGUAAUCAAAUUUUGCUGCCCUCUUGUGGUAA